GGGAGGACAUCUUAUCUGCCGCUAAGCGCAACCAGCACCUGUGCGAGAGAGAAGCCAUGCUCCGGGAAGCUCUGAGAUUGCUCCCACCGAGGCUACGAGGUGGAAAGCCCGCCUUUUCGCUUUCUGCUCGGCCCUUUGCUUGCAGCCCGACCACUAAGAGGUGGGAAGAAAAACCAUCUUCUUUAGAAGCAAGAUGGAAAGAUACUGCAGAAACAGUCAUUAUUGGAGGUGGCUGUGUUGGUGUGAGCCUUGCCUAUCACCUGGCCAAGGCUGGCAUGAGGGAUGUGCUUCUGUUAGAAAAAUCUGAACUCACUGCUGGAUCUACCUGGCACGCAGCGGGGUUGACAACGUAUUUUCAUCCUGGAAUAAAUCUGAAGAAAAUCCAUUAUUACAGCAUCAAGCUUUAUGAAAAAUUAGAAGAAGAGACUGGGCAGGCUGUAGGGUUUCAUCAACCAGGGAGUAUUAGAAUUGCUUCAACCCCAGUUAGAGUGGAUGAAUUUAAAUACCAAAUGACUCGAACUGGUUGGCAUCCCACAGAGCAAUAUCUUAUUGAGCCAGAGAAAGUGCAAGAAUUAUUCCCUUUAUUAAACAUGGAAAAGGUAUUAGCUGGUCUAUACAAUCCUGGAGAUGGUCAUAUUGACCCAUACUCACUCACUAUGGCAUUGGCUGCAGGGGCCAGGAAAUACGGUGCUCAGUUAAAUUAUCCAGUUCAAGUUACUAAUCUGAAAUCUAGAUCAGAUGGAACAUGGGAAGUUGAAACUCCACAUGGAAUAAUUCGAGCAAACAGAGUUGUAAAUGCAGCUGGUUUCUGGGCUCGUGAAAUAGGCAAAAUGGUGGGACUUCAUCAUCCACUAAUACCAGUUCAUCACCAAUAUGUUGUUACUGCAACUAUCCCAGAAGUUAAGGACCUGAAGAAGGAAUUGCCUGUGCUUCGAGACUUGGAAGGUUCAUAUUAUUUGAGACAAGAAAGAGAUGGGCUUUUAUUUGGCCCAUAUGAAAAUGAAGAAAAAAUGAAACUACAGGAAUCCUGGGUAACACAUGGAGUCCCACAAGGUUUUGGGAAGGAGCUUUUUGAGUCAGAUUUGGACCGAAUAAUGGAACAUGUUGAGGCUGCUAUGGAAACAGUCCCAGUCUUGAAACAAGCAGACAUAAUCAAUGUAGUUGCAGGUCCUAUAACAUAUUCUCCAGAUAUUUUGCCUAUGGUGGGACCACAUCAGGGUAUUCAAAAUUACUGGGUGGCUAUUGGUUUUGGAUAUGGUAUCAUACAUGCUGGUGGCAUAGGAAAGUAUCUCAGUGACUGGAUGCUCAGUGGGGAGCCUCCUUUUGAUCUACUAGAAUUAGAUCCAAAUAGAUACGGAAAAUGGACAACUAUGGAAUACACAAAAGCAAAAGCAAGGGAAUCUUAUGGAUUUAACAAUAUUGUUCUUUAUCCUAAAGAAGAAAGAUUUGCUGGGAGACCAACAGAAAGAGUUAGUGGGCUUUAUGACAUCCUUAAAUCUAAAUGCUCCAUGGGAUUCCAUGCAGGAUGGGAGCAACCUCAUUGGUUCUACAGACCUGGGGAUGAGAUUGGAUACAAGCCUAGUUUUCGACGCACAAACUGGUUUGAACCUGUGGGUCAUGAAUAUAAACAGGUGAUGGAAAAAGUGGCUGUGAUUGAUCUUACUCCAUUUGGCAAGUUUAGCAUCAAAGGCACUGAUUCUGUUAAACUUUUGGAUCGUCUUUUUGCAAACGUAAUUCCAAAGGUUGGUUUCACAAACAUUAGUCAUCUGCUAACUCCAAAAGGCAGAGUUUAUGCUGAGCUCACAGUCUCUCAUCUGAGGCCUGGAGAAUUUAUGUUAAUUACUGGUUCUGGCUCAGAGCUCCAUGACUUGAGAUGGAUUGAAAUGGAAGCAAUUCGAGGACACUAUAAUGUAGAGAUAAAAAAUAUUACAGAAGAAAUUGGGGUAUUGGGUAUUGCUGGUCCAUAUGCACGGAAGGUUCUUCAGAAGUUAACAACAGAAGAUCUCAGUCAUGCUGCAUUCAGUUUUUUGCUAUCUAGAGAUUUAAAAAUUGCUGAUAUUCCUGUAACAGCAAUUAGAAUAUCUUAUACAGGUGAACUGGGCUGGGAAUUGUACCACAGGCAAGAAGAUUCUGUUGCUUUAUAUUCCACCAUCAUGGAAGCAGGCCAUGAAGAAGGAAUUGACAACUUUGGAACAUAUGCAAUGAAUGCACUAAGACUAGAAAAGGGUUUUCGAGCCUGGGGAGCAGAGAUGAAUUGUGACACUAAUCCCCUGGAAGCUGGACUGAACUAUUUUAUAAAAUUAAAUAAGCCAGCAGACUUCAUAGGAAAGCAAGCACUGAAGCAGAUUAAAGAAAAGGGGCUGGAACGACAACUUGUGUAUCUCACCUUGGAAACGGAUAAUGUUGAUCCAGAGGGGAAUGAAAGUGUCUGGUAUAAGAACAAGGUUAUUGGCAACACCACAUCCGGAUGUUACAGCUAUAGUGCAAAGCAGAGUCUAGCUUUUGCAUAUGUCCCUGUGGAACUCAAUAAAAUUGGACAAAAACUGGAAGUUGAACUUCUAGGCACAAAGUAUCCAGCCACUGUUAUCCAAGAACCACUGGUAAAGACUGAACCAACAAGAACACGACUUCAGAAGAAGGGUGGGAAUGCUGAAAUAUAAAAAACCAUCUGAUAAUUCUUUGAUAUGUCUUCCUGCUGAGGGGAGCUUGUAACCUGAAGCUUCCAGUAGCCAAUUUGUAAUCUAGGAAGUUUCUUCUUUAACUCUUCCUUUAAAAAAGAACAUUCACAUCAGACUGGGUUCGUAACAUCUGCUAGUUAAUUAUUGUUGCUUGUUUUUCUCUGAACACCUGUACAAUGCAAACUUACUUCCAGCAGCUGAACAUAGUAAUUGAUCCAAUAAAAGUAUCACCUUUUG